AUGUGGAACUCCAACUUGAACGCCAUGCACGUGCGCGCUACGCACGAGCCUUGUGAACCGCACGCGUACCCCAACUACCACCACCACCCGCACCCCCAUACGGCGGGUAACGACGAGAUGCUGUUUUUCGCGUCGUCGUGGGACGCGCUGGCGCAGCUGCCCGCGCAGCUGCCCGCGCAUCUGCCCGCCACAGCGCCCGCCGCUUACCCGGGUCACGACGCCUGGUCGUCUCCGACCAGUCUGUCGUGGCAGCUGACACCGGAAAGCAGCGUCUGCGACGAGCCGGCGCAUUCCUACUUCGAGAUCAAGGCGCCGCACACGGCGGCGUCGCCGCCGACCGCCGGACUUUCUGAGUGGCGCAGGCCGCCACACGCUCCGCGCUCUAACAGCGUACCCCUUUUGACCGAGGCUGCGCGUGCCUCGGCUUUUUGCGCGCAUCGGCACGGCUGUCUGUCGGGCUGCAGCUCCGGCUGCAGCCAGACGUUCGAAGACGCCGCUGUUUCCAAGGACAACGAGGACGACCAAGAAAUCGACGCAGAUCUGUGUGCCGAACCCGUUGUCGACACCGAGUCCCCCGCGUUCCUGGCGCAUUUCUACCGUGCAUUCGAUCAGCCCGAGCCGCCGGCGGCCGGCGCUGCGCGGAUGUCUGUGUACGAGCAGCUGCUCGCCGACGGCCCGCUCAUGCGGGCGCUGAGCAAGCGCGUCAAACGCGGUUAUUACCGGUGCGCGCAUUGUCCACGCAUGUUCUCGAACGUUCUGGAAUACGCGCGCCACAUCGACGAGUACAAGAUUACGCGCCAAUACAAGUGCCCCUUCCCGCUGUGCCCCUGGAAGAUCCUCGGGCUGCCUAGACGGCCCGAGCUGCGGCGUCACUGCGCGAUCCAGCAUAAACACGAGAUCCCGCAGGAACUCAAGUCCAUGCUGAAACUCGGCGACACGGAUUUCCCCGUGAUGCAGUGCCCCUCGCCCUACUGCGGCAAGAAAUUCUACCGACGGGACUCGUUUGCGCGGCACGUGACCAUGGUCCACGACAAGCUCGACUCGCGCUUCAACAAGCGACUCGCGCGCGCGCUCGUCACUUGUCCCUUCCCACAGCACAUGCAGGAGCACCGCGAGCACGUGCUCGCGGAGAUGAGCCGCACCAGUAAGAAGAGCAAGUAG